UUGUUUAUCACUUAAUGAUUUUUAGUCAUGUCUUUCUUCCCUUCCGGUCGGCGCCCACCGCACGCGGUCAUCUAGUGUUAGUCUUUCUCCAUAAGAACACCCGACUAAAACCUCGGGAAAUAUUACAACCAUGGUUGCUGCAGAUCUCAAAGCAGAAACCAUGUCUUUAAUAGAACAAAGAGAUGCUAUAGAAUCAGAGAUGAAUUCCAUCAUUCAUCGUCUUUCCCAGCCUGGUGGUCCUGGGAUUUCAGGAAGUCUCGUCGAUUCAGAGGGGUUUCCUAGGGCGGAUUUUGAUAUUCCAGUGAUUCGUGCUCAACGCCAACGUCUUUCUGAACUUCGUAACGACUAUGACAAGAUUACUGACAGAAAAAGUGAACAUUUACGAACUCUUCAUUCUGCAAAACUUUCUCCUAACAAAUCUGCAGCUUCAAAAAGUUCAGUUUUACCAGCGUCUUUGCAUGGAGUCCUUCCUAAAGAUGCUUCCAGUCUUGCAACAAUGGGAUCUACUAGCCUUCCUUUUGCGAUAGUCGAUGAAAUAGCUGAUGCGUCUCCAGCAGCAGAAGAUGGAUUACAACUUGGUGACCAGAUAGUGAAAUUCGGUAACGUGGACUCUGGAGAUAAUUUGCUAUCAAGGCUUGCAUCUGAAGGUCAGUCCAACCAGGGCAACCAAGUUCCGACAACUGUUCUUAGGCAGGGGGGACUAGUCAACCUUAAUGUUACUCCUAGAUCAUGGAAUGGUCGUGGUCUCCUCGGAUGCCAUUUCCGAAUUUUGUGAGUGAUGGUCCUGAUGGAUGUCAUUUGAUGCCAACAAGAAUCUAGUUCUUUAUAUGUUUCUUCUUUUCUGUUCUUGUAAAAAUUAACGUUUGUCAUCACAAUUUGACAGAAGUUAAACGUAGUCAAGCUCUCUGUGAUUUACUGAAAACCUUACAUAUAUUUUGACUAGAUUUUGUGAAUUAGUUCGUAAGAACAAGCUGGCUUUUCCCAAAAUUUUCUUUAUGAGUAACAUAAAGAUUUUGUAAGGAACUUUUAACAGGAGUCAUUGAAAGUGCAAAAGUACAAAGUUUGGCAGUCUA